GCCUGCGCCCCGCCGCCGCCGCCGCCGCCGCCGCCGCCGCCCGGCCCGAGCAUGGAGACGGCGGAGAAGGAGUGUGGCGCCCUGGGAGGGCUCUUCCAGGCCAUCGUCAACGACAUGAAGAGCUCCUACCCCAUCUGGGAGGACUUCAACUCCAAGGCCACAAAGCUGCAUUCCCAGCUGAGGACCACUGUGCUGGCUGCUGUGGCCUUCUUGGAUGCCUUCCAGAAAGUGGCUGACAUGGCCACCAACACCCGAGGGGCCACACGGGACAUCGGCUCGGCGCUCACGCGCAUGUGCAUGCGCCACCGCAGCAUCGAGACCAAGCUGCGGCAGUUCACCAAUGCACUGCUGGAGAGCCUCAUUAACCCACUGCAGGAGCGCAUUGAGGACUGGAAGAAGUCAGCCAACCAACUGGACAAGGACCACGCGAAAGAGUACAAACGAGCCCGGCAUGAGAUCAAGAAGAAGUCUUCAGACACGCUGAAACUGCAAAAGAAAGCGCGCAAAGGGAAAGGAGAUCUGCAGCCCCAGCUGGACAGUGCCCUUCAGGACGUCAAUGACAUGUACUUGUUGCUGGAGGAGACAGAGAAGCAGGCGGUGCGCCGGGCCUUGAUCGAGGAACGCGGCCGCUUCUGCACCUUUAUCACCUUCCUGCAGCCUGUGGUGAACGGCGAGCUGACCAUGCUGGGAGAGAUCACCCACCUGCAGGGCAUCAUCGACGACCUGGUGGUGCUGACCGCGGAGCCCCACAAGCUGCCCCCCGCCAGUGAGCAGGUGAUCAAAGACCUGAAGGGCUCAGACUACAGCUGGUCCUACCAGACUCCACCCUCAUCACCCAGCAGCUCCAGCUCCCGGAAGUCCAGCAUGUGCAGUGCCCCCAGCAGCGGUAGCAGUGCCAAGGGUGGCGGAGCCCCGUGGCCUGGGGGUGCCCAAACAUACUCACCCGGUUCCACCUGUCGCUACCGCAGCCUGGCACAGCCAGCCACCGCCACUGCCCGCCUCUCCAGCGUCUCCUCCCACGACUCUGGCUUCGUCUCCCAGGAUGCCACCUACUCCAAGCCCCCCUCACCCAUGCCUUCAGACAUCACCAGCCAGAAGUCCUCCAGCUCUGCGUCCUCUGAGGCCUCGGAAACCUGCCAGUCUGUUAGCGAGUGCAGCUCCCCCACAUCGGACUGGUCCAAGGCUGGGCCCCACGAGCAGCCCUCGGGCACCACCCUGCAGCGGAGGAAGGACCGAGUGGAACUCCUACGAGACACAGAGCCAGGCCCAGCCAGCGGGGGACCCCUGGGACCCAGUGGAGAGGAGGCCCCGCGACCCCGAAUGUCACCUGCCACCAUUGCAGCCAAGCAUGGUGAGGAGGUGUCCCCUGCGGCCAGUGACCUGGCCAUGGUGCUGACCCGUGGCCUGAGCCUGGAGCACCAGAAGAGCAGCCGGGACUCGCUGCAGUACUCCAGCGGCUACAGCACGCAGACUACCACGCCCUCAUGCUCCGAGGAUACCAUCCCUUCCCAAGGCUCUGACUAUGACUGCUACUCAGUGAAUGGGGACGCAGACGGCGAGGGCCCACCCGAAUUUGACAAGUCAUCCACCAUCCCUCGCAACAGCAACAUUGCCCAGAACUAUCGCCGCCUGAUCCAGACCAAGCGCCCAGCCUCCACUGCGGGGCUGCCCACUGCUGGGCUGCCCACUGCCUCAGGUGCACCGCCUGGUGUGGCCACCAUCCGCCGCACACCCUCCACCAAGCCUACCGUGCGCCGUGCCCUCUCCAGUGCCGGUCCCAUCCCCAUCCGGCCGCCCAUCGUCCCUGUAAAGACACCCACAGUGCCCGACUCCCCUGGCUACGUGGGGCCCACGCGGGUGGGCAGUGAGGAGUGCGUCUUCUACACUGAUGAGGCUGCCUCACCCCUGGCGCCAGACCUGGCCAAGGCCUCCCCAAAGAGGCUCAGCCUGCCCAACACAGCCUGGGGCAGCCCAUCCCCCGAGGCAGCCAGCUACCCUGGGCCGGGGGCCGGGCUGGUGGCCGAGGACGAGGAGCAGCAGCUGGCCGCCAACCGUCACAGCCUGGUGGAGAAGCUUGGGGAGCUGGUGGCCGGCGCCCAUGCCCUGGGCGAGGGCCAGUUCCCCUUCCCCACUGCCCUGUCAGCUACCCCUGCGGAGGAGACACCCACCCCACCCCCAGCUGCCACCAGCGAUCCCCCAGCCGAAGACAUGCUGGUGGCCAUCCGGCGCGGGGUGCGGCUCCGCAGGACGGUCACCAAUGACAGGUCGGCACCCCGAAUCUUGUGAUGGCACCACCCUCCCACCCUCAGAGGGCCCAGGCGAGGCAGGUGGCCUGGCCAGUGGGGGCAACAGCCACUCAGAGCAAAGGCACAGUCAGGAGAGAACAGAGCCAGGCAAGUUUUUUUUUUUCAAAAGUCACACAAGGCAAAGCCACUUUAUGGAAAGAGACAUUCAGCUUAGAUUUCAGCGUUUAAACAGGAAGUGACUUCUUUACCAAACCUCACCAGGAUGGAGCCUGCGGGCCUUGAACUGGAUUUGGAGCCUGUUUCAUAUUUUUCUUGCCUACUCUGUCCCUCCUCUUCCUCCUUUUAGGGCCUGACUUUUCCACGUUGCGUGAGCACCAGAAUCGUGCUCCCUUCCCACAACAGAGGCUGGGCCCACCUCCCGCCACCCUACCUGCCUAGUUGUGCCCUCAGUGCCACAGCUUAGCUGGCCUGGCUUCUCCCCAUCUCCCAAGUUGGCAGCCUCCGGCUUUUCCGGGAUGCUGGUCCCUCCUCCCUGACUGGGCUCCCUCUUCUUCCCUCCCCCUUCUCUCUGCCUCUCCCAGGCUCCUCUCCAUCUGGGAGGCAGAGUGGCUGUGGAGGGACCAGGAGCCCAGUGCACUAAGGUAUCUGAUCUGACUGGAAAACUCCACAAAGUGGCUGGCAAUUUAGGGAGCCAGUUGAAGUUAGGAGCCAGCCUGCCUAUAGGGGAAGGGCCCAAGUCAAGUCUCUUGGGGGUAAAUGCAGGGGACCUGCUUGGAGGAUGGGAGGAUCCUGAGGAAGCAUCCCUUCCCCCAAGGUGUGGCUGGGGUUAGGGGGCAGGGUAGGGCUGGGCAGCAGGGAAGUUCAGAGGGUCAUCUAGCCAGUCCCCCAGGAGCUACUUUCAUAUUCCAGCCUCACCUGGUCACAUGGAGACAAUUUAACUCUGGUGGCACUUUGAUCAUGGUUUUGGCCACCUUUGGGGGCAGGGUUUGGAGCUGGGACAGGGAAGGUUCUUUUAUGAAUAUAUAAUAAAAUGGAGCUGACUGGACAAGGACUGUGUGUGGGGACAGGGUAGACGGUACAGGGUGUGUCCAAGAGUGCCUGAGGGUCAGGGGGCCCAACAGUGGCUUGGUGGUCCCAUGGCAGGAGGAGGAGAGCCAAAAAGCCCCCCCCCCAAAGCCAGGGGGCAGCUAUUCUCUCCAGCGGCUUGAGCAAAGCCAAAAUGAGGCUGGAGAGGGCUGGGGGCGGGACCUCCUGCUGGUCUGCAGCAGACGGAGUGGGAGUCAGGGAGUAGGGGAGAUUGGCUUUGACUCUCUGUUGUCAGAGGAGAUGCCAUUCCAGGAUGGUCCCCGCAUCCUGGUCUUGUGCUGGUGGUGGGGGCAGGGAGGGGAGUACACCCUUCCUCACCACCACCUCCCCUCCUCCCACCCCACACCAGUUGUCACGCCAACUCUAAGCAGGUAAAAAGCACGUGUGCCAAGGGCAAGCGGAGGGCUUCCUGUGGCCCUGCAGGCCAGCCAAGUGCGGCAGGGCAGCAGGGCCACAGGGCAGGGACCUCCCAGGGUCAGGAGAGCUGGCUUUUCCUGGUCUGGAUGGGAUGGGGCUGGGGCGAGUCUCCCAGCACCAGGCUGGAGCUUCUGGUAGUUGUUGUGCUGGGAAAUGGGGGCGAGGCAGGGCGGGCCAGUCAGGGCUGGGGAACCAAGGGUAGCCCUGAGUGAAUGGAGCCCCAUGGGCUCCCCGAAAGCGGGUAGAGAACGGUACCUGUAAGUCGCUAGGUCUGAGAAAGGAGCCUUGCUGAGCGCACCUGGAGAAGGGCCCGAGAAGGGAAGGCCUGAAAGGCCCCAGAGAGCAAGUGGCCUAUUUGUGAAACCCUUGGGGGGGGGGGGGUUACACUGCCCCCCUACCCCAGGUUUGCCCAGGUGGGCUGAGGUAAGAUGCAGGUCAUGUGAUGUUAGCAGGGUAAGGGGCAGUGGGGUGGGGGUAUAGCUGAGUCCCCAUGAGGAAGAGCUUGCCCCCAGGGGAGGGGAGGGGGCUUCAGAGAGCCAGGGAGGGGAUGGGUGUGGCACAGCCACCCCCCAACCCCAUGCUCCCACGUCUGCCUUCCCCUCUAAGCCACCCCAGGGCUGUACAUAAUUCCUCCAUCCCCUUGACCAACUCUCGUCCAUUUAGUAACCACCUCAUAGGCCCACCCCUUUGGGAUCCCAGCCAACCAUCCCACAUCACAAAGUUUGUUUUGGGGGACUUCUUUAUGUUUGUUUCAUUUUUCUUUUUGUACAGAGAAAUAUUCUUUUCAAAAGCGUCUUUUGACUGAAGUAACUUUUCUGGUGCUGUUGUUAACUUGUUCCUUUUUUUUUAAUUUAUUUCCCCACCCUAGGCCUCCCCUCCUGGUUCCUACUCACUUUUUUUUCCUUCCACCACCCCACCCCCAUCCCAUCUGAACCAUUUUGUUUCUUUUCUUUUUGUCUGUUUAUGGAUAAAUUAUCUUUUCCUCCCCCCUGCCUCCCGCAACCCAUCCUCCCCUUGAUUUAAAUAGUCACUGCUACAAGUAACAAAUGCACUGUGAAGAUUCCAGUAUUAAUAAAGUUGUACUGUAACA